UCUUGAUAAACCUUAUUCUAUGACUAUGGAUGACAGGGUUGAGUAGCGUGAAAUCGAGUGAACGAGUAUGCGCGCGACCGCGACCGUUAGAAAAUUGCACCAUUUUUUAGUUGUAAUCAAGAUUAUUUUCUGAGUUGUGCAGUAUUAUGCUAAACAUUCAUGAUAUUCUGAAAAGUGACACAUGUGCAGUUUAGUGGUAAAGUAAAUUUUUAAUUGUGUGAUUGUUGUUGGGCGAAAUUCUAACUACGCUUCAUAGAGGUACUAACGUCGUGCACGAGGCAACAUUUUUACCGGGUUCUUUUGAGAGGAGCACUUUUUUCUGUAAACAAAAUGUCGGUGGAUGCUCUGAGUGAUGCAGAAUUGCGUAGUAAACUAAUGGAGUACGGGUAUCCAGUGGGUCCGGUAACACAAACCACUAGGAAGAUUCUCGUAAAAAAACUAAAAAAUCUCAUUGAAUCUCGAGGUGGUACAGGGUCACGACAUUCAUUGGCUGCCAGGUAUAGUAGUGAGGAUACAGAUGAUGACACAAGUUCAACAACUAGUAAAAAGAAAAAAGCAACAGCAAGUGCCAGAAGACAAACUCUAGCAAAUCCAAUGCCUCCACCCACAUCAGUUUUAGCACCUUCUGAUGUAAACAUAUCAAAAAGUUCGAUUAAAGAUAGAACAACACAUUCUGAGUUCAAGGAUCCUAUAGUACCAGAUUAUGAUAAUUCUUCAUCUUUCACAACUCGUACAAUAACAAAAACUACCCAUAAAAAGUACAUGAAAACCAAUAAAGUAUCAAGUAUAACUGAUGAUUUGGAAACUGGUUCAGAUUCAGAUGUUGUUGAAGAUGUAACUAAAACAUAUUCUCCACCUAAAUAUUUAUCAAAUGUUGGAAAAUUUCAUGAGUCUAGAACUUAUGAUCAUAACAUUUCUGAUCAAGAACAAAUUCCAAAAUCAUAUGAUUCAAAAUCAAGAUCUAUUCACACGAUAAAAGAUAACAAAUAUAGUGAAUCACUUUUUGAUUCAAAUAUUUCUCCAAUACAUUCACCAAAUGAAGAUAUGUGUACAAAAGACAAUGCAAAUCAAAGAGAUCUUCUAGCCAAUUAUGAGACACCAUUUCUCUCAGAAUUUACUAGAAGACUUAGUUCACGGUCAUCUACUAAUUUACCAUCUACAGCCUUGUCUAGUUUAAAAAGUCCACCAUCACGUUUUACAACGAAUUUACCAGACUUAAAAGAAAAAGAUUCAAAUGGUCAUUUUUCUUCCUCAAGAUCAUUGUAUCCAUCAUCCAGUUCAAGACACACAUCAUCAACUGAUAGACCUCGGGAAACAGUAAAUAGAAUAUUUAAACCAUUGUCUACAAAUAGGGAAGAUGUACGAAACAAUCACAAUAUGGUGUCUGUAAUCUUAGUAGUGGUACUUGCUUUAUUUUUUGGAAUUCUUGCUGUUAUAUAUAUGGGACUUGGUGGAAAAGCAGAAACAUUUCCAUCACUUUCAACGGAUAGCAACAUACCAUUAUGUUUUGCUGGAGAUGACCGAGAAGCACCUGGAGUUAACUGUGUAAUGAAAGAAAAUAUAGAUUCCGUAUUACAACUGUUAAAGCGACUGCAACCAAUUUUAACAAAAAAGGCUGUGUCCAUGAUAUGUGACAAUUCCAGUGAAACUCCUUACCUGACCGAUUCUGAGAUCAUGCAAAUGUUCACGAGUAAUAAAGUGACAAGUUUGGAAGUAAAAGAAGAUUUGCAAAAUGCACAAUUACUUGUCAUAAAAAAUCCGAGAUGGGGCAUUUCUCUCAUAGAUAUAAGUGAUGAUAAUGGUAGUUCUGGCGAUGUUUUGGAUUCCUUGAGUAAAUUAUUCUCUACUCGUCUAAAUGGAAAAGUCGGAAUGAUGAUAAUAAACCCGGAGUUGCCGAUGCAAUGUCUUAUCAAGAAUAAGCUUUUCACCAUAUUCUCCUCCCUUCUAAUCGUGUCACUUGGCCUCUUAGCAGCUACAGGAAUGCAGAAAUUAUUCGUUUGGUAUAUAAGGUACAAGAAAAGUACCGAGAGAGAAGUGUUUAAACUUGUUAGUGAUAUUAUUAACAUGGUCGAGAUUCACCAUCAAAAUGCGGCAGUUGCAACACCCGGCGGUACGCAAGAAAGUUUUCUCGCCAUAAAUCAUGUACGUGAUAAUCUAAUACCUCCAAAAGAUAGGAAAAAAAUGGCUGGACUUUGGGAAAAAGCAGUGAAAUUUUUAGACGAAAAUGAAUCUAGAAUUCGAAGAGAAGUACAACAGGUUGCAGGAGAAGAAUUUUAUGUAUGGCGCUGGUUGCCUAAUAACAAUCUUAAAUCGAAUACUCAAAAUUUUGUUUUAAGCAAAAAAUCUAAAGUGUGGCAAGGUCAAGCAUUUGAAACAAUGGAAGGUUCUGUCAAUAGUUUGACUUGUUCACCAACACCUUGCUUGAAAAUAAGGCAUAUGUUUGAUGCUGAUGUAGAAUUUGAAGAUGAUUGGGAAACGAAGGUACAAGAUGCUAUUCUAGAAAAAUGUGGAGAGACCGUAAAAAUUCUUCACAUCCGUGUAGACCGUGGUAGUCGAGAAGGUUGUGUUUACAUGAAAUGUAUGUCACAGGAAGAUGCAGGGAAAGCUUAUAGGGCUUUACAUGGAUGUUGGUUUGAUGGUCAUUUAGUAACUGUGAAGUACCUGAGAUUGGAGAGAUAUUAUGAAAGAUUUCCAGACGCACGUCGCUGUACAACACCGUUAAAACCAAGUAACAAUCAACGAUUAUCUAUGCAAGCGGAUUACUAGUAGAAAUGCCAUGUGGAUGUAAAUUGACAAAAUACCUCUUUGCUUGUAUAUAUAUAAAUAACAAGCAGAAUUUGAGUUUUUGCCGCUGAAAUAAUUGUUUGCGGACCAGAAUUCGCGAGACUUAUAUUUUUUGCUCUGGAAAAGAGUAGAAUUUCGUACUGUCGCGUAGAGGUAUAAAAUCUGUGAA